UUAAACUAUUCAUUUUUCCCCUCCACAGUCUGGAAUAGAGUUGGGAUUGCUGUUCAUCUGUUUUUUACUUCAGUGGUGGACAUAUUAACAAUGCAGCAAACAUGCAAAUGCAUGGGGUUAGCUUCUCUGCGGUGGCUGUUUGCUUCUGUGCUGCUAACUGUGGCUCGUGGAAACAACUUCAGUGGACAUAACCUAGAGAGACCACGCUGUCAGCCAGGUUUCUACUGCCCACUGGGGAGCCCCACUCCAGUCCCAUGUCCUAAAGGAACAUAUGGUCCACAUGCUGGAGCUGUGUCCAUGGACAGCUGUCUGAAGUGUCCUGCCCAUCACUACUGCCCUAGACCAGGCUUGUAUUCCCCCCUUCCCUGUGGUCCAGUGGCUCAGCAGCCGGUGCCUGGCCAGGAAACCUGCAACUGCCCAGAAGAGGGACAGUGUUUUCAGGCCAGUGAUGGACGUUGCCACUGCACCAUCGGCUAUCAAACCACCGGAAACGGAGACAUAUGUGUGCAACAACAGUACGAUGUCUGCAGAGACGGAAAAACUCGUACACAGUAUGGAGACUGCCUGGACAGACACCAGUGGUCAUUUCACUGUAGUCAGCAGGUGUGCCAUACUGCAGAGGACUACCGGGGUUUUGAUGGGGAGCUGGGCCUGUGUAUUUGUAGAGAGCCUCCUGGCAGAGCUGUAUGUGGAGGCCUUUGCAGGAGCAGGCCAGCUACUGAACUGAAGCUCCAGUGCGAGACCAAUGGGGAAAUGGGACUGCUGUGGAGCUAUGACAAUCAGGUGUCGAGCGUCUCAGGCAGUGUGCUAGAGACAAUUUUUAAACAGUGGGACUCCCACGGGAACCUGCAGUGCAGCAGCCAGAUCCAGUCAUCACGUCCUGUCUACAUUGUUCAAACAACAGAUGCAGGCUUCCUUGGCCUCCUCAGCGGCCUCCCAAAGGAACUUGAGCAACUGUUUCCUGACACCGCUCAGCAGGAUUCUCAGAGCUCAGCUGGGAAACAUUAUGUCAGUAUUAGAAACAUCAGUCAUGGAGACAGAGAAAUGGAGAGGGGAGAUAAGGCUGAUAUUAAUGGAAAAGGAAGAAGGUCAAUAAGUGGAGUUUUGAACCCGACAGCAUGUCUCCAUCUGGGUGAUGUAAUACUCUUCACUGUCAGCCCACGUCACUAUCCCCAGUAUGACAUUGACAACUUGUACAACACAAACACUGACUUUGACUGGGGUGCAUUCAGACAGUUAAAAGAAGAGCUGACAUUGUCAUGGACUCCUCCUAGCUGCUUUACUGUGGUCUUUAGCCAGCCGGGAGUAUAUGUCUUUACACCGAGCAGCCAUCAGCACAAACAUUUGUAUGUACGAGUGAUGCCUGCAGGUGGCCAGUGCUAUGAGCCUGGCUCCUUCUUCCCUACCAUCCCACGUCAUGUGACCAGGUUGGGAAUCAGUAGGAGACGCAACCUGUUGCUCCGGCCAGACUGGCUGGUGACCGUAGGAAUACUGUUUGGAGCUGUGGUCGUCCUCUGUUUAUGUGUGACAAUGCUGAUCCUGUUUCGUGAAUAUGGAUGGCCGGAGAAGGAGCCAAUCAAAGCACGGUACCGCUCGCUGCAGCUGGCCUACCAAAUGGAUGACUACUCGUCAAAAGGUUCAAGGGUGAUCUCACAGAGAAAGACUCAUCGAAACCAACAAUCCAGAAUGACUCAAGGCUCCAUUCAGCCAGCCUCCACAGAUGCCUCGGAGGAGUUCUGGGAUUAUGAACACCAGGUGGAUCUGGAGGCAUUCAACAGCAACACCUUUUACAGCCUCCUGCUCAAGCAGAGCCUGUCUGUCACUACACGACUGGGACAGCUCACCACUGAGGUAAAAGAGCUAUACCAAGGAGUGCUUGGGAAACUGCAAAUACUCCAUCCGCGUAUGAUGGCUGAGGAAAAGCUGGGGGGAGGUUAUGAGAUGUUGAGGAGGGAGAUUGAACGAGAGGUGGUGCGACGAAAAUCUUUGGCCUCACAGCUGAGGACACUACUUGACAGUCAGCUGAAGGUUUACAUUUUAUUAAGCUGCAUAUACAUGUCAAAUUAUAUUCAGAUUUUUAAUAAAAGGUUUAAUAGCAAGUGUAGCAUCAGUCUGAGUAAAGUAUAUUUAUAUAGCAUCAUUCAACAAGUAUAUGCUUUCACAUGUAAAAUUAUUGCAUUAGCAAGGUAUACAGCAUCAAGUAUGACUGGUUUUCUUCAGGUUCUGAGGCGAGAGCAGCAGGCCCAGUGGAGGAUCCACAGUGUGUUCACAUCUCAGCUCAGAGAGUGCACCAGACUACUGUCUAAGCUUCAUAGUAACAACCAGACUUCCACUGAACUCUUCCAACAAAUUUUGAUCCAGAGGUUAACAUCACUGGUUGAUGAGAUGGGAGAGCUACUGUCAGCAGAGUGCCACCGUCAGGGGUCUUGGGGCUUGUUGGGCGAAGGUAUAGGAGCCAAACUGCUGUGCCCUGAUACUGGAACUGUCCUUACCAAAGACGACAUCUUUGAUCCCGAUGGGUCCGUACGUGUUUCUGGGGCUGUUUAUUGUGAUUCGGUCACAGGCCUCAUAAGGCCAAAUGCUCACAGCCAUGUGCUGCUGAGCAGCGGCCACACGAUGGCAGUGCCACCUAAUUUCUUUGUUCAUCCGCACACCGGUAGAGUUCUGCCCAUUGCUGGAAACGUGGCCUAUGAUCCUGCCAGCUCUACAUUAGUUUGCACAACUGACCAUUGUACAGAUGAUAACCGGAAGUGGGAUAAUCCUCUCCUUCCUUUCAUUCCUUACCCGACCUCCUGCCACUCAGACCAGCCUCUCCCCAGCACUCACCUCAGAGGCCUCCCACCAGGCCAGAGACUGCAGCUGGGGAUUCCCAUGGCAGACCCUGACAAAGGGGUCCCAGUACCUAUUCUGGCAGUAACCAUCCACCCCCAAACUGGGUUAGUCUACCCUCUGGGAAGAGUCCAUGUCUGCCCUCUCACCCGCUUACCACAGCCUAUACAGAUUGGUUAUCCUAUGCUGGACUCCAGGACAGGGAACAUUGUGCUCACCGUCGGGGUGAGCUUGGAUCCAAUAACAGGAGAUGUGCUGCCAGUAGGUGGAGUCCUGCUGGGUGAGCCCUUUGUUGAACCACUGAGUGGGCAGAUGGUGAGAGUUGGAGGGGCAACCAUACGGGCUGGACAACUAGUCCCCCAUGCAGGAGGAUAUCAAACGUUAUUAGACAGCAAGGUUCUGGCAGCAAUGUUCAAAGUACUGAACGUGCUUAAGCCACUAACUGAAGAGUGGGGUUCAGAUCAAAGUUUGCAACAUGUGCAGUCCCAACCUGGCAGCGACAGAGGGAGUAGUCAACAAGAUCAUCUUCUCACUGCAGCCAAAGAGCUCCAGCAGGCCUUCGGGAGGAGCUUGCACUGUCAACUACAGCUGCAGACCAGGUUGGAGAUCCUGCAGGAGUGGACCAUGGGUCUGCAGCAGGAUGGAGGGACUCUGGGAGAGAUGCCUCUGCCAGGUUCAGAUAUAUGUGUACCGGCUUUGCUAGGGAUGGAGUAUCCUGAUCCUUUGGGAUCUGGCCUUAGUGUACCGAUCCUGGGAUUUCAGACUGACCUUGGUUCUGGGAAAACAAUACCACUGGCAGGGACCAUGGAGGACCCAAAUGGAAAAGGACUGGUGGCGAUCCGUUAUGGAUCUCAGACUGUUGACCCAGUGACAGGGCUGUUGGCCCCAGUCGUCGGGGCAAGGCUGGACGCAUCUAGAAAAAAUGUUGUGCCAGUUCCGCCUUCCUACUGGUUAAUGAUUAGAGAUCAAACUGACAGUGUGCAGGUGGAGGCACUUCAAAGAGAGGUGUGUGUGCGAAACAGUUACUGGCAGCAGCAGAGGCAGCGGGAGGAAGAUAUUCUAACUGAUCUGGACUCGACUCUGUCCCAGUGUUUCUUUAGAGUCACAGACGUAAACUCUUAUCAGGCCCAGUGGUCUGGGAAGCAGCUGAGGGAAGCAGCCAUGGAGCUGCAGGAUUCAGCACAGACAGAGGCCCAGAGGAGAGCAGCUCAGCACUCCCGCUUGGCUCUGAUCCUGCCUCCACUUGUUCUGCACAUCCUCACGUUAGGUGAUGAGGAGGAAUGGGAUCAGCAGUGUGUUUGGCAUUCAGAGCUCCUCUCUGGCCUUGAUAAAUUGGACAUGUGUAUGGAUCAGCUACAAGAGGACCAGGAAAAAUGGAUGGCACAGGCAGGAGAUUGGUCUACAAACAUUCAUGCUACAGACAGAGAGCUGAGACAGAGAAAGCUGGUGGAGCAGUGUUGUUCCAGACAGACUGAGUUGGAGGCCGCUCUUAAUCCGCUUCACUUUAUCAGACACCUUUCGCUGCUCCGUGCAGACACUGCUCAGGCUGUACUGUGUGGGAAGUUUUGGUUCAAGGAAUAUGGCCUGGUGCAGUACAGUGGAUACAAACAGAAUGUGAAGAUCAUGGGUUUGCUUCAGCAGAAGGCUUUGCCUCUGCUCGAGAGACUGAACCAGCUCCUUGAAGAAAAACAGCCAGCUGGAUUCUCCUCCAACACAUGCAAUCAGCACAUCUCUGGUUUGUCAACAAAGCAGGCAUAUGGUUUGGAGAUUGCAUCUAGAGUCUGGACAGCCUCCGUGCCUGUCGUGAAAGGAAUCUCAACCCAGUCUUUCAGGGAGACCGUCAACAUUGCUCAAUCUCAGGACACCGGCCUACAAGCCAGCUCAGCAGUGACACACAACUCGCAGAGACACACUGGAUCUUCUGGCAUUCAAUCCCAGGAGAGCCAGCAUAUGAAAGAAUCCACUCAGUUGACACACAUCGCUAUUCCCACAGUUCCAGAUGAGGAGUGGACAAGGCUGCUGGAGCUCUCUCCUCUGUUCCAGCAGUUGAAGGGUGUGGAGCUGCAGCUAAGGGGUUGGGCCUCCAAGGCAGGGCUUCUUGCAGGAGAGCUAGCGAACAGAGGCAAAGGUUUUGUCGAUGUCCUCGAUGCUCAGUGGCAAUGUGAAGGUGAGCUGAUUCCUUUGGAGCUGUCAGUCCUGAAGCCCAGAGAGUUUCUUGUCUAUCAGCAUGGACUGUUCCUGAUGCACACUCUGCAUAAGCUAAAACUGACUCCAGUCGUUUCAAUCGAGAUAGCAUCUAGUCUCCCAAACAACACCUAUUUCAACAAUGUCUUCAGAAAUUCCUUCUUUUAUCAGGAAGCCGCAGAAACUCUCUUUGUCCGUCGCCAGAGGCUGCACUCAGUUGGAGGCUUCUCUCUCCUGCUACUCCACUGUCUGUCCCAUAUCAAAAUUAAAGACAUGAGCUCUGACUCCAGUUCUGCCUUCCAGAGACUUUUUUUCAAGGUUCUCCAGGAAUGUCUGGGUGAGCUCUUUCAGGCUAGACUGGGUGCCUCUUCAUCUGAACAGGAUGCCAGUUUGUGUGUUUGGUAUCAGAACCAAGAUGCUUCAACAAAAACCAUGAGUGAGACUUGGUGUGGUUCUCAUGCUGCCUCACUGCUUCAGAGACUUCACAAACCAAGCAGAGGAUUGCUCUCUGAAGAUGAAGUUGAGAAACUUCAGAGGAAGCACAGAGAAACAUCUUUAUUCUCUCAUCUUGAAGAACUUCUGAGAGAGAAGAGUUCUGAAGCCACAGAAAAAGCUGAAGACCAGCCUGGUUGAACAUAGUGCAUGGGUUUCACGGUUUCAUGAAAAUGUUAAAUAUAUAGGAAAAUCUCAAAUCUAUUUAAGAAAUAAAUACAAUAAAGACAGACAAAAUUUACUAUGUGUCUGACAAACUGUGCAUUUAUUAUAAUGCCAUCUGAAGGGGUUGUACAAACAGAAAAACAAAUCUCCAAAAAUAAAAUUGUAAACGGUAAAUGCAAUGAGACCAACAAUAACAGUAUCAACAAUAAAACAAUAAAAAGUUCAUAUUGUGUUUUAUGACGCCAAAUUUUUGGGGGGUUAAAUAUUUAUUUUUUUCCUCCUCAGCUUUCUUCAAGAGAUUACUUGAAAAAAAAAAUCUAAGCAAAUUAAGCAAUAAAUCCAAAAAAUCAAGUUUAUGCACAUGAAAAUCAAAACUUAAUUGAGGUUUCUCAUUUGUUCGUAUUUUUGGCUUGCACCAUGAAAGCAAAGAAUUGUUCUGCUUUUUAUUGGUAACGUAAACGCCACACAUAAAGACGUCAGUCCAUAUGGUGAAUGCUGAAAAGCGAAAGCAGA